UUGAGUUUCUGAGAACGGGACGCAUUUUUGAAUCCGCAGACUCGACGCCGGGUCCCACAAGUCAGCUUCAGAUGACCAAGAGCCACGCCUCUGGUGAAAUCUGUUGACAGCACGUUGACAGCUGUAGUCAUGAGGUGGCCCACACGUCAGCGAAGGUCGACGAUCGUGGCCCCACAAGUCGGAGCUGCAGCCCUUUAAAGCCUCCCCUUGCCGCCUAGACGAAACCGUUGUAACAAACUCUUCAUCCCCUCGUCUCGCUCGUCUUCCUUCCUUCUUCCUCACAACGCCAAAGGAAGCCGAGGAGAAUCCAGCCAGCCACCUCCUCUCUUCCGGGCGAGGCUUCGAGAUGGAGCACCAGGCGCCGGAGCAGGAUCAGGAGCAGGGGCAGGGGCCGGCGCAGGAGGAGGAGCAGGAGCAGGAGCUGGCGCUGGAGGGGCUGACGCUGCAGGCGCAGCAGCACGAGAUGGUGACGGAGCUGUUCGCCGGCGUGGACUUCGUGCGUCUGCGGAGCGGCCGCGCGUACCUGCACGCCGCCGACGACGGGCGCUCCGUCUGCCUCGACCGCCGCGCCGCGUCGCGCAACGCGGUGUGGGCCGUCACGGUGGACCUCUGCGAACGCACCGCCACGACGCACGUCCUCCUACGCGGCGCCUACGGCCGCUACCUCGGGGCCCCCGACGCCACCGCGGGCUGCUCCUUCCUCCCCACCUGCCGCGCCGCCGCGCAGCGCGACCGCGACGGGCAGCAGGUCCUCGCCCUCCUGUGGCGGCCCUGCCCCACGACCCGCCAGGGCGUCUUCCGGCUUUGCGACCCGUCCGGGCGCUACCUCCGCGCCAACCCGGGGUGCCUCCUGCCGCCGUGCCGCCGCGGAGUCUCCGUCUCCGCCUGCGCUGGCGCUUCCCGCGGCCUCGGCAAGGCCAUCCAGUGGGUGUUCGAGCCCGUCCCCAGGGGAGCCAGGCCGCUACUCCAGAGACCGCCUGAGUCGCUGUGGGGCUGGCUCUUCGCCCACGUUCCGCUGUCCGGCCUCUGCAUGCGCUGGUUCUCGGGGCGGGAGAUCCGGUGGCAACGCGCUGACGAGUCCGGCGCCUUCAGCGAAGACAACUGGCGCUCCACACGGUUCACUGGGAGGCACACGAUCCUCCUGGAGAGGCAGCUGGUGGCACUGCUGCCCCGGGAGAUUGGCUCCCACCCCCAGUACACUGUCUGCGUCCGCGCUGGUCUCAAUGGGCUGCCGACCCCUCUGGCCAUCGACCUGCCUCGCAGCCGGGAGCCCCUGAACGUCGUGCUUUUCGCCUACACCGCAACAGCGGAGGAUCGGUUCAUAUACCCAGAUCUGAACGCAGCUGCAAAUCCGCCUCUGGUGACCAACCGCACUGCAGAUCCGCCUCUUCGACUCCCUCGCACUUUGUCCUAGAUUUUAUAGCUUGUGGGGGAUUCAUAAGGGCUGAUGAUCCCUUUUUCUCUUGUGGAACCCUCGUAGGCUGAGAGAACUCCAAUACAAACUAGUUUCAGUGAUUGUUCGAGUUAGCAAGGAUUGAAGUUUUUGGUCACGCGGAAAUGCCUUCCAUGCUGUAGAACUGCAGAAACCAAGUUUCAUUGUUUUGUCAGAGUAGAAUGGUUACCGUCUUGCACGCUGACAUUGGUUACAGGUUCUUCUGAACAAAAUGCUACAAUUACAAUCUUCAGAAUUAUUGAUACCACUACAUUCAGGGAACUUUCACU